CCACGUCCGGAUUCAGCAUCACGCACAUGGUUAGGAAAGUUGUUGUUUUGUCAUUCUUGAAAUCUAUAUUUUAAAAUAAAUGACAACCCUCUUCUUUUCCUGAGUAGACUAUAAAGAGGAUAAUAGUUUGCUGAAAUGGGAGAUGAAGUGGAACUGAUUGUUGGAAGCUAUGAGCAGAUAGUGUUUGGGUAUCGAGUGUGUCCUGGAGAAGAGGAAUGGAGGUUGGAGCCGGUGUUCACGCACCACGCUCAUGUAGCGUGCCUGUCCGCAGUGGCAGCCAACGAGCAGUUCGUGGCUACAGGAAGCAAAGAUGAAACCAUACAACUCUACAACAUGAAGACGAGAACAGAGCAUGGAGCGUUAUUACACCAUGGUGGUACUAUCUUGUGUCUGGAGUUUGGUUCUACAGCUCACCUACUGAGCGGUGGGGAAGACGGCCUUCUGUGUGUGUGGAGCACAAAGACAUGGGAAUGUUUGAAAUCCAUCACAGCGCACACGGGUCAUGUGACUUCUCUCUCACUGCAUCCAUCUGGGAAACUUGCGCUGUCUGUUGGAACGGACAGGAAGCUCAGAACCUGGAAUCUUAUCGAAGGAAGGCCGGCUUUCACCAAGAAUAUUAAACAAAAUGCACAGAUCGUGCGGUGGUCACCAGCAGGAGAUAAGUACAUCGUAGUUGUGAAUGAUCAAUUGGACAUCUACAACCUGGAGUCUGCCAGCAUAAUCAGCAGCUUCAGCUACAGGAAGAGGAUUUCAUGUGUCAGGUUUCUCAAGAACACACUGCUGGCCGUGGCAGGAGAUGAUGAACAUGUCCAGGUGUAUGAUCUCACUUCUGAAAAGUGCAUCUGUGAGUUUAAAGCUCAUGAAAACAGAGUAAAAGCACUGGACAGCUUUGAGAUGAACGACUUGUGUGUGUUGGUCACGGCGUCAAACGAUGGAUUCAUCAAGCUGUGGGACUUCAGUACAGAGAGGCAGGAAGCAGCGCGUCUGCUAGGACAGGUGAACACCACCGCUCGACUCACCUGUCUGUCUGUGUGGAGAAGCAGUGCGAAGGAAGGACAGUCGGACGCACAGCCUGCGACCUCUCAAAUUGAUAAGGAAGCUCUACUGCCGCCUAAAAACAAGAGAGUGAGGAUUAAUUUAGAGACGGUGGUUGUGGAAGAAGACACUCCAUCAAACAAACCGGGCAAAAAGAAGAAAAAACAGAAAGUGCAAUGAGCAGUGUUCAUUCACGUGGCUUGUUUGUUUAUUUCUGUAGAUUUUAAUGAACAGGUGUAACAUGUAUGUAUUGGAUGUAUAUGAACUCAAGAACUCGUCAUGAUUCUCCACGUUGUAGGAAAACCCCACAUUUAAAAAGUGUAACCUUUUGAGGGUUGUUCUAUUUUUUUUUUUUUUUUUUGCAAGUUCAAGAUUUGUCCUUCUUGUCUGUGGAAAAAAAAAUCUUCUAUUUCAAUGUA